AUGCUGGUUGAACCGGCGUCAGAUCGACGGCUCCCUGAACCGAACACCGAGUGGAUUCUAUGACAGGGUCUGGCAAAUUUUGGAGAGGACGCCCAACGGGUUAAUAGUAGCUGGGAAUUUCUUGCCACAGCAACCGACUUUGUCUGACAUGACAAUGUAUGAAAUGAACUUUUCUCUCCUGGUUGAGGACAUGUUGAGAAGUAUAGAUCGGCCAGAGUUCAGGCAAAUCAUUGUAGAGUUGUUGAUGGUUGUUUCUGUGAUUCUGGAAAGGAAUCCCGAAUUAGAGUUUCAGGAUAAAGUCGACUUGGACAAACUGGUGAAAGAAUCGUUUAAUCAGUUCCAGAAAGAUCAGAAUCAAUUCAAAGGCACUGAAAAACAAGACGACAUGACUUCCUUUUACAACACCCCACCACUGGGAAAAAGAGGGACGUGCAGCUAUUUGACAAAAGCUGUGAUGAAUUUAUUGCUGGAAGGCGAAGUGAAGCCUACUGCGGAAGACCCUUGUUCCAUUAGCUAAAGUAGCUGGCGCAGAAGAUGGUGGGAGCCAGGUGAAUGCCAUGAGUUCCUAGCUCUUGGCACGUGAAGCUUCAUUUCUCAUCAUUGUUUGGACACUGUGAUGCAUAGUCAUUAGGAAGAGCUCCAUUGCUUAGAGCAACAAUCUGUCCAGUUGGUUUCAUGUAACAAAAAAAGCAUAUUUAAUUAAGGGACAUAUUCCCCUUACAGCUCCUAGGUGGCAGUCAGUGAUAUCCAUCUUGCCAUCAUGGCUAUUUGUUGGCUAAGUAAAUGCCUGAUACUCUCCAUAUGUGUGCUGCUUGAGAAUGACAGCUAUUUAGAAGCAAUAACGAAGCUCCCGUCUAGAGUUUAAGCCUCGCUUAAGGUGAAUUGCAGCUUUAUAUUUAUUCAUCCAAUCAUGAAUUAAUGUAACCUUAAUCAUCCCUCCCCCCCACACACACUUACUUCCUUUGUCCUGGUGUUAGUUACUGACAAGCUUCCUUACGGAAAUUGAAUACGGUAAAGACGUCAGUUUUUUUU